AUGACAACCACUGCAGCAUAUCCUGUAGAAUGGAAAGCAGGUAUAUUAAAUGUGAUACUUCAUAUUCAGUCUAAAAAAAUAAUUUCAGCAUUGCUUAUAAUAGUAAUUGAAAUAUAUUCUUUAAAUUAUCAACAGGUACCGAGUGUCAGUCAUAUUGCAAGCCAUCCGAUAGCCGUGUGCAUAUGAAUCUACGGAAAUACUGCAAGAAGGACUAUGGUAAGCAGAAAAUUAUUGCCAAAAUCUGGAAUAAUACUUUAAAGUAAAACAUGUUCAUGAAAUUACUGUAGAAGUAAUAUUAUGUGGGGUUUAGAUCCAAAAUAUGCAGAAAUCAACUAAAUUUGACAUCCAGCAAAUUAGUCACAGCUAACACCUUUGUAGGGUUUUUUUCUGGAUUGAUCCAAAGUGACCCUAGAUGCACCUUAUGUAUGUUCUGAAUGUCUCAAAGAAUUUCCACAAAAUUCCCUGAAUGUCAUCAAAAUGGUGAGCAGGAACCUGUGCCAAGGGUCAAAGACAUGAACUGUAGGCUAGAUAGAGAGAGUUAGAGGAAAGGUUAGAACUGAGAAAUCUAUUUAAGAAGCAAGUAGUUUUGAUGCUUUAAACUUUGGGUGGAGAAGGCAUAAAGGGAUUUUAUAGUGCCAGGAAAACAAAUCCGCCCACCCUCCUCCCCUGCUGGCAUCAGCCGGCAAGGGAGACCUAAUACGCAUGCGCGGCUAUAGCAGCAUUCGCAUUCAGAUUUCCCCAUAGGAUAGUAUUGUUCAAUGCUUUCCUCUGGGGAGAAUCUGACGAUGGAGGGCCUCAUGCAUAGCGUGAGGACAUCCAGUGUCAGAUAAUGGACCAAAGGUCAGUUUCAUUUCUGGAAGUCCCUCUUGUAGCCCUGCAAGGUAAUUAUUGCAGUUUCUUAGAAAUUACUAUUACAGGGUUAAGGGACAUGAUACAUUGUGCCCAGACUACUUCAAUGAGCUGAAGUGGUCUGGGUGCUUACAGUGUCCCUUUAAUUAUAAUUGUAGACUUUCCAAUAGCAUAUUUGAUAUGUAUGAUGAUGCAGCUAAGAAGAUCAAUCAGCUGAGAAAACUGUUGACUGAGUGAAAUUCCUAUACUUUAUCUUGGUUCAGAAAUUCAUGGUGCCUCCAUAAUGGAGCUAAUUGAGCUAACGUAAUCAAUUGUGAUUUUGUGUUAUAUACAAAUAAGACAAGUAAAUGUAGCAAUCUCAUGUACAUUCAUACCAAGAGUUAAUCCACCCACCACAAGCACUUCAGCUUUUAUAAGUUGUCAUGGUGGUAUGAGUUUGUAUUUGCAGCAUUUCUGCUCCAAAUGUCAAUUCUCUGCAAUAAUACCUCUGUCAGAAUUGCUAACUGUACGCUGGCAAUGGAACUAAUUAUCUUCUCCCUUUCAGGCAGAACCUGCAAUGCAAAGUGUUCAGUUUAAAUUCAACUUUAUUAUGAUUGUACUGCUGCUAAUGACGGCUGGGCAGGGUAACUCCCAAACAGUGUCUCAGACCUGCACCAUAGUCAGUGAGCAGGGGGCCAGCUUCCACACUACUCCAGGAGUUUGUUUCAAACGUACGAGGGAAGGAGCGUUUGUCACAAUAUUAAUACUGUUACGAUACCCUCAACAUGAAAUGUACAAACCGCCGUUUAGCGAAUGCUCCCCGUUCGCAAUAACCCAGGCUGCAUGUGUACCCAGUAUAAUCAUACGAACCGCAAGCAAUGGAAUGCUGUAAACUCACGAACGGGGUCCGUACGGGCACUUCACUUCACAAGCUCCAAACUCACGAAUCGCCAAUAGCAGCCGAACGCAGGUAUCUCCCAAGCGGCUAAUAAUCCCAUCCUGCAGUCUCUAGUCGUUGGUAAUAAAUCCCCCCAAUAACGAGACCAAGCUCCGCAUUGAGGGUAAAACAAGAACAGGCUUUACUGUGGGCUACCUGCCCGUAUUUAUGCAGGUCUCCCACUUGGUGGACACUCCCCUAGGGGAACAAAUAGGAGACUGUGACAACAGAUAGACAUAUGGCAGUUCAGAACCCACAGACACAAAAUAUUCCCAGCAUGCAAUAGUAAUUCCUCCCCUCUGCCCUGGAGAUAAUUGAUAAGUAAUUCAAUUAUCUCCAGGACAGAGGCAAAUCGCCAUUUUACAUUCAACACAUAAAAACACAUAAAGAUAUAUAACUUUACAUUUGUCAAAUGCUACCCAUUCGUAUCACAUAUCCCCAGAUAGCCUGGAUCUGAGUGCAUAUUAUUGGCGAAUAGCACUCAGAUCCCAUACGCAUAGUUCAAUCGCUAUGGAGUCAAAGUCUAUUACAGUUCUUCGGUAUGCGAUUGACUCCAUGGGAAGGUUAUCUGGGGUAAGUCCAUUCGUGCUUUUAAACCUCCCGAAUGGCCGGUGUUCGCACACUUCCGUCGAUUGAGAAGGGAGGUCGAUGGGUUCAGUGGUGUUCAGUUGAAUAAGUGUCCGUUUUCAGUUACAUGAAAUCAAUGCCGAACAUCGCUGGUCUUUCGCAUGGUUUAAAAUGGCCGCCGCCUCGACAUACGAACGACGACCACCCUGUAUUCGGUUUUAAUUGAGAAGUGUCUGUGGUUAACCGCAACGUUCUAAUUGGGAUCAAUAGGUUAACCAGCAGCACACUUCUCUUCUGGGUGGCCGUCCGUUCGGCAGUUUCGUUCGGAAGAAAAGUCCAUUCACUUAAACAAAGGCAUACGAAUGGGUAAAUUCAUGAAAAGGCAAAACAGACGAAUACAGCAAUCUUAGUCUAUACAGAUGGAUCUGUCACAAAUACAUAUUUAUUAGUUACUGCUAUUUGGGUUCACCGACAGAUUACUACUUGUCAAGGACAGUAAAUGGUCCAAACAUGGUCUGUUUACUAAAUGAGCAAUGAUUUGAUAUUAUUGCAUUACUGGAGUACCAGUAAAUUUUUAUCUUCAUUUCAAGUCUUUUGAACUUUUCUUACAAUAAGCAAGAAAAAUAUUUAUUUUAUGUCGGUGGUGCAUUGAAUUGUAAAUUUAUCCUAAUCAAAAGUCAAAAUGAGCUGCAGAAAAAGAAACUAUAUCUACGAAAUACCUGCAUAAUGUAAUAUCUGUGCCUACUUUUAAUUUUUAUCAUAAGUAAAUGACCUACAGAAGUGGUGUUAAUUUUAAAGUAAAGGCUAGAAAUUAACAGGCCAUGCAUUUCUUCAGUUCAAACAUCAAUUUUAAAAUGUAGACACCAAUACAAACUUGUGAUAAUAUUUAGCAUGAAAGCUAGACAGUCUUUUUCACUUUACCUUAAAGAAUGGGGCCUCCGGCUUAUGAGAUUUCUAAACUUUUUAGAUGCAAAUACAUUAAUUAGUUGGAACAACCACAUUCUUCAGCUUUUCUUAUUUAGCCUUCUACAUUUGGGUCAAUGUAAUCCCAGCACAGCUUUCUCUUGAUCCCACAAACACAGCUAGGAUAAGAUGUUUAAGGGUCAUCAUCUCAUUGGAUUAGUUAAAGCCACAGCUUUGGUAAAAUGUGGAUGAUAGGGUGGGAAGCAAAGUGUGCACUGAAAAGCAAAGUGAGUAUGAGAGAUGACCGAGACAUUUGAGUCCAAGCCCUGCUGAGUAUGGAGAAUGAUUAUGAACAACACAAAAGGAAUUAUCUAGUUAAGCCGAUUUCCUCCUGAUGAUUUCAAAGAGAAGAGGGUAAAGAUAAAAAAGAGGAAAGGCAAAACUAGAUUUACACUGGUUGGUAAUCCUUUCUUCUGCCAUGGAGGAACACGUAUUUGAAACACGUAUAACGUAUUAUUCCUUCAUUUGUAGAUUCCCAACAUAUAACAUUGUACAAAUAUUUUUUCUUUAAAAAAAUAUUUUUAUAAACGAUACAAAAUCGUUUUAGUUUAACUUUUCUUUGUUAUAUGGGUAAACAUAUUAUUACACAGGCUGUUUUAUGUCUCACUGGCUGAAAAAGUGUUAAUGCAUUUGUUAACAGGUGGUCUGCAAUGCAUUAAAAAGUAGGCCAAGGCAUUUGUAAUGAAAGAAAUGAGGGCCCUCCAGCAUCAGUCAGAAAGAAAAGAUCUGUGAUUGAUUGUCUUUAUGUCAUGACUAAUAAAACUAAACAGUCUUCAAACAAAUGAUGAUCAACCAGGCAACUGCUGAAAGUAAAGACGUGGGGGCACAGGUUAAGUGUGUGCAACCACCCAAGGUGUGUAUAUGUUAGGGCACCAACAAUAAACUUUUCACAAUUGUUUUUAUUACUGAAAAGAUUCUAAAGCUUAAAACACUCAAUGCACACAUAUAUUAAUAUCAAACACCAAACAGAAUGGAACUCAUCUCCAUGUAAACAACAUUCAUUACUAUUCAGCUGUUGAUUUGGUUAAUUCCGAGAGCGAGCGCAGAAAAGAGCUUUGAGUACCACUGGGAGAAAGGCACUAUAUCAAUACUAGUUGUUAUUAUUAUUAUUAUUAUUAUUAUUAUAAAUAAAUAUAUCUGGAAAAGCAUAAGAUAUUUUAAGACUUGUUGCAUCUCACCAUCUACUAUGGCAUUUCUUCUGAAAUUCUUGUAUUUUAUGUUUGCAUUCAAAUCUGAUUUUUGUGUUGUUAAAGGCUGUUUUUAUACAUAUAAGAAAAGCAGCACACUUUUCUCACAGCAUGUAUAUAAAAAGUUUUACAGGAAGAAAUAAUAGGUUGCUGACUUAUUUUUCACAGUUGCACAGAUGCUAAUAUUUUGUUGAAUAUUCAGUGGCACCAUUUAUUUCAAACCCAUUUCCUACAACUCAUUUCUAAGAUAGCAGGGUAUAAUAGACCACAAUGCAGUAGAAAAUAAUUACAGACUCCAAAAAUAUGCCUGAAAUUCACAAACCCUGGUCAUGUGACAUAAAUAUGCAAUAAAUCACCAUACUGGGUGAUUCCCAGUGCCCCAGGAUAGCUACCCCCCAAUAUGGAGCCCAGUGGAGCCACAUGAGAUGCCCAGCCCACCUGGGACUUCUCUUGUCUGCUCUACUUAGCCCUAUACAUGAAUAUAAAUGUGUCUUCUAUAAACUUUAGAAUAGGUUAAUCAUAUGGUAAAUGAUAGCAGCACUGGCGGAUCCCCGAGGCUCUCCCUUGGCGGCCAUUGCAGGGCUAGGGCUCCGGAUCUCGUGAGAGUGACCUGGAGCUGUGGACUAGUGUUCACUUUCACCACGGCGACCACCAGGAACUCCCCACCGGACCACCAGGGAAUCUAGCUCCCUCAGUAAAGGUAAGAUGGGAGGGGGACAUAAAGUAUAUUUCUUUUUAUUAAAUUAAAAAAAAUAUAUAUUAUAAAAAAAAGUCUCCCUGCCCUCCUCACCACACAUUCACACACUGCCCCACACACCCUACACAUUCACACACUGCCCCCCAUAUACACACACACACACACACACACACACUGCCCCCAUACACACAUUGCCCUACACAUUCACACACUGCCCCCAUACACACAUUACCCCACACACACCCUACACAUUCACACACUGCCCCCUAUACACACAUUACCCCACACACACACUACACAUUCACACACUGACCCCCAUACACACACAUUGCCCCCCAUACACACAUACACUGCCCCCCCACCCACACAUUUCCCCACACCCACAUACACUGCCCCCAUACACACAUUUCCACACACACUACCCUUAUACACACACUGCCCCACAUAAACACAUUGCCCCCACACACACACACAUAAACUGCUCCCACUACAUCCCUGUAUACAGACAGUGCCCCCCAUACACACAUUGCCCCACACACAUACACUGCCCCACGCAUACACACUGUAGCGGUUCUCCCGGUGAGUAGAGGGGCUCCCACUGCUAGAGGAUGUCCUUCUCCCGAUAAGUGAGGGCUAUUCUCAGCACUCAGCAGUCAUCCAAGUUGAAAAGCUCUUAAAGGAGCUAGUGUUAUAGCUGUAUAGCAGUUUACCACAAUAAGAGAUAAGACUCUAAAUUGAGGAUGAAGUAGAACCGUUUUAAUUAGCAGACAAGCCUUUCGUUUUCCCACAAGGUUACCACCCAGGUGGACCUUGCUGGGCACUGAAAAUACAACCUUAACAACCAAUAGCGUACAAUCACAGUUACACACUCCCAUUCAUUACUGUAAAUUCCUUUCCUCUGCUUGGGAGAUAAUUUAGUUAAUUGCUGUAUCAACUCCAUUAUCUCCAAGCAAAAAAUAUACUUUUUUACACAAUUUUUAUAACUUUAAAACUAUAUGUGCGAUUCCAAUAAAGUUACAUAGUUACAUUUUCUAAACCAGCAUAAUCAGGGAACAAACAUAUCCAAAAUUCAGACGAAUUGGUCCAGUGGUUCGGGAGUUAGCUGCAAGUCUUAUUUGACCGAUCGCAGGCACAUUUUCAUGCCCAAAGCAAUUCUACAGAUUUAGGCUGUGCGGUCGGUCUAUCUCCCUUAUCUUUCCCUUCAAAUAAAGUACCAAUUGCACGAACGGAUUCGUUUGUGCCUACUGUCAUUGGAUGCGUCCUGUUUGUGAGUUUAAGCUCCAGAAAUAGCGCUCCGUUCGUAUGGUUUUAGCUGAACGCACGGAAAGUAGAAGUUUCAGUGGUGUUCAUGGAAAGUUCAACGACCAAACAUCACUGAGCGUGUUUGGCUAAACAAAAUGGCCGUCGCCACGUGUUCGUACAGAUGAACGUCGACCACCCUGCUGAUCAAAUAGAACGUUGAGUUUUAGGGGUGUUUAUCGGGUCAGGGAGGUUAAAGGACCACUAUAGUGCCAAGAAAACAUACCCUCAGGGUCCCUCUUUCUCCAGCACCAGGCGGGGGACUCUCAUCCUUCUCUCCUCCCUCUUCUUCCGUCACCGGCUGAAUGAGCAUGCGCAGCAAGAGCCGCGCGCGCAUUCAGCCAGUCCAUAGGAAAGUCUUCUCACUGUGAAAAUCAAUGAGACAGCCACUAGAGGCUGGAUUAACUCAUAGGUAAACAUAGCAGUUUCUGUGAAACUGCUAUGUUUACAGAAAAAAGGGUUAAUCCUAGAUGGACCUGGCACCCAGACCACUUCAUUAAGCUGAAGUGGUCUGGGUGCCUAUAGUGGUCCUUUAAUGGGUGCCACACUCCUGUUCUGGGUGGUAUGUCGUUCGGGAGAAAAUUUGUGAUACAUAAGGAUCUUAGCAUAAUAACAGGUCCAUUAAUUUUAGACGAAUGGUUUAAAUGAACAGUUUUUUCCAGUUACAAAAAUCAGGGACAGAUGGUCUGUCACAUACAUAUUGCCCCCCCACAAACAUACAUUGCCCCCCAUAUACACAUACACUGCCCCCCAUACAAACCUUGCCCCCCUCAUACACACAUUGCCAUACACACACACACACAUACACUGAUUGCCCUACACACACUGCCUCCCCAUACACACAUACACUGCCCCCAUACAAACAUUGCCCCAAACACAUACACAUACACACACACACACACUGCUCUCCCCACACAUACACUGCACCCCUCACACACACACUGCACCCCUGACAUACACUGCAACCUACACACAUACACGCGCACACACACACACUGCAACCCUCACACACACCACUGCUCCUUUGCUCUACUACAGCCCAUAUCCCAGCAGACCCCAGGUAAGUUGUCAAACUGUUCUUAAACAUUUGACUACUUACUCUGGGAGUGGCUCCCGGCACUCCUGGCACCAUAACCACUACACAGAGUUAUUGUGCCUGGAUUAUUUCUUUACAUAAUCUACAAGUGCCCAUCCCGAGAUCAGGCUCUGGAUCCACCCCUGGAUAGCAGUAAUAGAACUAGAACUCCCAUGAUAUUCAGUCAGCUUGAAGGCUGACUAAACAUUAUAGGGGCUGUGAUCCUACUACAGCAUGCCAUACACCUACAAAAAAAAAAACAAUAUCACUCACUUAUGAAUACCAAUUCAAAGUUACCCCCUUUCACGGAGGGAUGUGUGUAACAAAAAGUGCUUAAACAUGAAUAAAAAUGGUUGAAAAGCAGCUCUAUACACAUAUCCUCUUUUCCAUUAAACAGUAAUAUGAAAUACAGUGUGGUAUCCUUCUCUUUUACUAUGAUGCAAAAGAUCAUAGCAAAAAGAAAACUCACAUUAGAUAAACUAGACACAGAAAUAAAUAAGGAACAAAAUUUCCUUAUUAUCCACACUAACAUAGAAGAAUACAAGAAAAUCACAGAAAAAAAUCAAUAUGUUACAGAUAAAGUGGAACAGGAGAAAAUACAAAUAAAAAAGAAAAAGUACAUGUGAGACAAAAACGAUUACAGACGCAAUGAAGUUAGAACGUUUGGUAAAAACAAUAGACUGUCAGGGUGGCGGUCCGGUGCCCGGGACCCAGACACUGUCCGGGCAGUGGUGCGAGGACCAGGACCCAGUAUACCUGAUGUUCAAAGUAGGAGUUACAGCGUGGAGGUGGAUUAGCAGGGUCUGGUGCACGGUAACCGCACGCCCCCUGGUGUUGAGCACCAGCAUUUGUGCAGCCACAUACCAGAACCCUGAUGCAGCUUAAGCUAGGAAAUAAGCAGACCUCCCAGGAGCUGAAUAGGGAGGCUCUGCAGCAAAAAUGUAUCCAGUACAGAAACAAGGAAAGACUAGAAAAGGCACCAAACAUGAAAUACAAGACAGAACUAAUAGAACCCAGAACCAGAAAAGGAUAGGAAGCUAAACCCAGAACAUGUACACAAUACAUAAGGGAAACAUUGACAUAACAUGUACAGGACUGGACAGGUCUGUACAUGGACUGGGAAUACAAACUAAAACAAGACACGAAAUGAUAGGCAAACCAAGAGGAGAAAUAACUAAGUACUAUAUAUGAAAAUCAUGGGGAUUUAGUUACAUUAUAUGAUCAUACAUUGCAUAAGCCUGCCAACAACGCCAAUGUCCCCAUAUCUGGCAGGUCCUACUCUGCCUAAUGUAUGCUAAAAGAACCAUAAGAAACACAUAUAGCACUUACCUGCAAGAAAGGACAGAAGGCUUCAGCAACUGCCUGCAGGCUCAAACUGAAACAAAAGUAAUCAUGGAAAAGGAACGGGUGUGGCAACAUAAAACAAACAUUUAAAGGAACCCUGGAGACUGGGAAUUUCCGGGACGGAAUACAGGAAUGAACCCAGAAAAACCCAGCAUAAAGUAAACCAGACAUGGAAUAGAAAACCAGAAAAAACAAGAAAAACUAAACAAGAAUUGUAAAAAGAGUACUGGAUACCAGAAGCCAUCACCAGACUUAUCCACAGCUUGGAACAGGAUGUGACAUAGACACAAUGACCAAAAUAGAUAUGACCAACAUAAGUAUAACUCUAAUAAUUCACGUCCCAUACGUAGACACCACAAACAAAGGGAAAGCCCACAAAGGGACCAUUACAAGAGGAAACCUAGUGAAAAAACAGAACCCAAGCCACUCAUAAGACCCCACCCCAGACCUUGUACACCAAAUAUGAGGACCCCUAUCCAGAUGGAAAAAAGAGCCAAAUCAGAUUAAUUCCUAAAUUCCUAAAUUUAGACAUAACCCUAGGAGAAUAUCUGACAUUUCCACUAACAACAAAUUCAAACCCCUUACAAGAACCUCAAGGGAGGAGGAUUUUUGGAGUUUGAAGAACAAAGAAAAACACAAAUUCCUCUCACGCUAAAAGUCACCAAACAAAAGGAGUAUGGAGGAAGGGGAACUAGAGGAAGAGUGGACGUACAGAGGAGAAAAGAGAGACAGACGCAACCCCUAAAGACUCAAAAAGAAAUUAGAGGAAACAGGAAUCUUUAACCUUACUUCCACCAAAUUAAACUGCGCACAAAUCAAACUACUACAAAAGGGUUUGAAAUUUGCGCCCACAAGAGAUUUGAAUAAAUUUGAUACGUACGUAGAUUUGAACAAGUUCAAACGCAGUUUAUGUCUAAAAUUUGUUUUUUCAAAAAAGCCCAAUAAUAAAUAAUUUGAUCAUAACAGAGAAAAACACACACUACAUUCAAGGAACAAUCCACCUUUUUUCCCAAAACUUUUAAUUUCAGGGGAAAUGGCCACUUACGAAAAAAUGGUGAUGGCAGACAUUAAUAAACUAAAAAAAGCUAAUCAUUACCAACAAAAUUUGAAACAAGAUGAAUAUAAGGCUCUAAGGAUAAUGGUAUCGUAAUUAAACUGACGGACAAGGGAGCGAGAAUAGUCAUUCUAGUUUGAAUACUUAAAUGUGACACAUCCAAAAAUUCCCGUAUUCUAUUACCUCCCCAAGGUCCAUAAAAACCCAGAGCUUCCACCCGGAAGACCUAUAGUUUUGGGCCUAAAUUCCAUAUCAUGCAGACUCUCAGAAUAUGUGGGCAAAUGCCUGCAGCCCAUAGUACAAUAUAUUCCCAGUUAUCUAAAGAAUACAGGAAGCAUUCUGAGACACUUGCAAACAGUUAAAUGGGAAAAAGAUUACUAUUUGUUAACACAGAUGUGAACUCUCUGUAUACCAUUAUCACACAUCAGUAGGGCUGCACAGCAGUGAGACUCUUUUUGGAGCAAUCCCAUUCGUUUGAACUAGACCAAAUUGAUUUUAUCAUGGAAGCAAUACAAUUAAUUUUAACCAGUAAUUAUUUUUGGUACUACGAUACUUUUUACCUGCAGGCGUGUAGGACGGCGAUGGGCACCAGGUUUGCACCCAGCUACGCCAAUCUGUUUAUGGUAGAUUGGGAACGCCAUUACCUACAACUUAACGAUGGCUGGGUGGAGGGCCUGGUGACCUAUUGACGUUACAUAGAUUACCUAUUUUUUAUUUGGUAAGGCACAGAGAACACAUUACAUACUUUUUUUAAGCCAGCUUAAUAAUAAUGAAUGGGGCAUUAUAUUAACUACUAAUUUUAGUAAACACACAGUCACAUUUUUAGAUCUUUAUUUUUAUAGAUGAUGAAAGGGUGAAAACUAAAACACAUUUUAAAGAUGUGGAUGUCAAUAGUUUUAUCCAUACCUCUAGUUGCCAUUUCUCCCCAUGGUUAAAUAGUGUACCCUAAUGUAUAUAGAAUAUAGAAUGCACACUAUAACAAUCUCAAGAAAACUUAGCUUUAUUAUGUACAAAAAAGUACCAGAGUGAAAACAUAUAAGAAAAAAUAAACAAAGUGACAGAAGCAAGGGCAAAUACAAUAAAAUAAUAAUAAAUUACCACAAAAAUUCUUACAAGCCUCAAGACAGAAACACGAGUCACCAAACCCCCCCCCCAACAUUUCUGCACCAACUGGCUGCCUUUAUCAAGGGUACCUGUGUUUUCACUCUGGUACUUUUUUGUACAUAAUAAAGCUAAGUUUUUUUGAGAUUGUUAUAGUGUGCAUUCUAUAUACAUUUGAAUAUUUAAAGCACUUGAGGGAGUGUUUAUAUGGUUUGCACCUGGCUGUUCUUAUAUUAUUUUAUCUCUCCAUGUGCUGUUGUUUUGAAAACAGUGUACCCAAGUCACAACUCAUUCGAAUUAAGAGAAAUUGCACGGACGAGGAAACUUUUAAGGAACAAGCGGACAAAUUAAUCACUGACCUAUUAGAUAAGGGCUAUAAAAAGGAAUAAUAAAAGACACCUACGCACAAGUCUCAACAAUACAACAAAACACUCUGUUACAAGAAAAAAUAGAACAAAAAAUGAAGGUGAAGUCAAUCUACCUAUUAUAUGUAACUACAGCCACAAUAACAGGGCAUUAAGAAAAAUUCUAAAUAAACACUGGCCCACCAUACUACAAGACCAUGCUCUGUCUCAAAUCCUACCAGAAAAACCUAAAAUAGUCUUUAGAAGGGCUGCCAAUCUAAAUAGAUUACUGGAAAAAAACAUAUUAAGAAAACAAGGGCCACUACUUUCUUAGACAAAGGAAAAGGUUUUUAUGGAUGCGUUACAUGCGUGGCAUGCAGAAACACAAACGAUAAAAAGGAGACACAUUAAGAGGUUUAAGAAUUUCAAUAACAAUGAAGAAUUCCCAAUUAAAGAACUUUUUACUUGCCACUCGAGCAAUGUAAUAUACUUAUUGGAAUGCCCCUGUGGCUUAAAAUAUGUGGGACGCACUAAACGUAACCUACACAUAAGGAUUGAAGAACAUAUCAGAAACAUCAGGAGAAAAUUUGAAGGACAUAGUGUUAUCACACCACUUUGCACUUAAACACAAUAGCAAGCCAAGAGGGCUGAAAUUCACUGGCAUACAUAAGGUUAAGGGAAAUUGGCGAGGAGGGGACACUAACAAACAUUUGGGACAGACCGAGAUGAGGUGGAUAUUCAACCUCGGGACUUUAAAAUCCUGGGGUUUGAAUAUAGUCUUUGAACUUUGCCAUUUUAUUUGAAUUCAUCUUUCACCAGUUAUUUUUAUCUGGACAUCUUUUCACAAUUCUUUUUAGGGGCUCAUUUUAAAUAAACAUAUUUUAAAUAAACAUUUUACACAUGCUAUUCUUGAACACUUUUGUUUAAUCCCCAUCCCAAUAUGUAUUAAAUUCCAAAUUUGUUGUUGAAUAAUUUAUUGAGAAUAUUACUUUGAUAAUAUUUUAUUAACAUGCAUUUAAUAUUCUAUUGGAUACACCAAAAUAUAUCCAUAAGGAUACCCAUCUCUGUACAUACCAAUCUAAAUUUAGCACUUAAUAUAACCUCUUUCAUAUUUCUCUAAAUAAGCACUAUACCUUAUGCACUUUAUGUACAAUAAGUCAGUUGAUAUAGAUAUACAUUAAGGAUAUCACAUUAAAUUUUCUUACAUAGGCAAAUAUAAGUACUAAUUAUAAUUAUCUUAUGUCCUUUUUUUUCUCUCCCCCUACAUUUUUUCCCCUGCCCAUUAUUUAUCUAUUCAUGUUUACACUCCCUUCCAUUGCCGUGUUGUGUUGGAGGGAGGAGUCCGUGAGCACAUCGGCACGCCCGAAGGGCGGGAUGAGCCGAUGUGCCUACACAUCAUCCUCUCAGGGAUGAAUCUCCUCCCACCCAGUAGAGUCCCCUCCCUCCGGCCCGGACGCAUGAGAGGUGUGUAGCAGGGUCGGAGUGUCUGGGAGUCUCUUCGGUCCAUGAUGUCACUUCCGCCAACCGCCCCGGUGAGCUCCCAGUACUUCUGCCAACCACCACUGUCCACCAAUGAAAAUUUAAGUAAAUAAAAGCACUGAAAAUUCAGCCAAUUGAAAGUAUGCACACAGUUACACACAUGAAAUAACUAUGCAUCACUGUGAUUGGACAAACUGUAUUUAGAUCACUAAAGGGGAAGGACUAAAGGACAUUAAAAAUGGAAGAUUCAGAGGACCAUCAUUACAGCUGACUGAGGAAGCUCUGAGAGUGAAACGCGUAUUGGCCAUUUUAAAGGACUAUUCCAAAGGACUUUUUAAACUUUUUUAUUUUUAUUUGCUAUUGUAUAUCAAUACAUUUGUUAUUUUACUCAAGAUAUCCUGCUCAAGUCAGGAGCCUCUAGGAAUCUCCAUACGGGCAGUUCCAUCCCUAUUUAAAUUGGCAUCAUACCUAAACACCUUAGCGCCGGGACCUAUAGGCUCAGGACCAGGUGAGCACCACAUUUACUAUUCUACACCCGUUUUCUUUAUUGCUACAGUCUGCACAUUGGUUUGUUCUCCUUUUAUGUUUUAUCUAUGAGAACUACUCCAAGCCGAAGCGGAAGGGUGGUGCUACCAAAAUAAGCACACAAGCCUAAGUACAGAGCCAGUUUUUACACACAGGCUCCUUAAAAUGUGAGUGUUCUGUCUGCAGUUUUAAAAUACCAUCUGUAAUAUAUUCUAUCUUUUGUUCUUUAUACUUUUUGGCAUGUAGUUCACACCAUACUAUUGAAUCAAGUUACGCUUGGUAAGCUUUAUAUCCGUUUGAGCACUCCACUUAUAGGUGCAGGUCUCUGUCACUUAUACCGCACUGUAUUUCAUAAUAUCACUCACUUAAUUCAAUGUUGUCAAUAGAUGUGCCUGAAAACUUUUGCUCUGAACUCGGAAUUUGACACCCUUUAAAAUAAAAAACAAUUGAAAAAAAUUUAAAAAUAUGAUAUGAUAAAGAUGAUAUCUACAUACUCCCUUAAAAUCAAUUAGAAAGAUUUCUAACUUUUCAUUUAUAAGGAUUUCUAGAAAUCUCAGAUAAGGUGCAAUUCUGAUUGGCUGCAACAGUUAAGCCAGCCUAUCAAAUCAUAAUGAUUUAAAUAAAUGUAAAGGGCCAUUGCCUUAUUAACUUAUGCUAACAAUGUAUGUCUUUUUUUUUUUUUAAUUUAUAUCCUACAGUUCUUCGUGCUCAACUGUUGUCAAUGGAACAGUCUGGAGAGUGGUGGCAAUUCACAGCCACAGUGCUGACUGUAUACAGACAGAGGAGGGUGCCCAUUCGCCGUGGUGACCAGCCUCUUUGGGUACCAGAUCAGGACUUAGCAUGUGACUGCCUAAGAAUGCAAGUUGGAAAGUCCUACUUAAUUAUUGGUAAUGAUGAAGAGUCACCUGAUCCAGCUCGUUUAAUUUUGGAUAAGAAUAGUCUGGCACUCCCAUGGCGAGAUGUUUGGGCACACAAAUUGAGACGUUUUCAGCAGCAGAACCGCCGUGGAAAAUGCAGAACUGGAUAA